UACAAGUAUAAUUUUAAUUACGUUUUUUUAUAUAAAGAAUCAUUUGUUGGUGAUAUAUUGUUAAACUUUAGGCAGAGAAACAUAGCUACUGAUUAAAAAUUAUAUGUAUUUACUUUAGAAUAGAAAUUGUAUAGAAAUUCGUGUGUUAUAAAUACAUUAAUAAACAUAUAAAAGAUAUUCAUUACUAUUUUCCUGUUGUUCGAUCUGUUGAAUGCUACACAUUCCUACUAUAAAUAAUUGGUCUCAUGGGAACAGUUUGAACUCUGUAGCUUUAAUAAAUAAUUAGCCUUUGACCUGUAUUUAGUUGUUCGACUCACAGCAAAACAGCAGUAUGUUUGAAACUUUUCAUACCUGGAUUCUAUUUGAAUAAUCGUAAAAAUAUCGUAAAUAGUGUUUUAUCUUUCUUCGGUGUUUGAUAACCUAACUAACCACGAUAUUUGUUUAGAUAUUGUGAAAGUUUUGUCACAUACCGAGUAUUUAUCAUAUAUUCUCUUCAUACGUGUGUACCUUCGUGCAUCUUCGAAUUUUCAGUUUCAUUGGUCUGUGAUUUUAUGAACAAUCAAAAGAAUGCAAAGUGAACGUUUCGUAGUUAAGUAUAUAUCAGUGAAUAAUUGUUUUGCCUAUUUGCCGAACACCUGGUUACGUAAAUUGGAAAUUAAGGAAAAUGUAAUUCAAAUCAUACAUAAAGAUAAAACAUAUUACAUGUCCUACAACGUAAGGCCGAAUCUUAAUGAAACUUUAUGCUUGGGAACAAUUUUUGCAAGGAGUUUGAACAUUAAAGAAGAUGACGAAGUAUUCGUAUCUUUCGUAAUGGAUGUUCCAAUUUUAACAAAAAUUAACGUUGCACCUCUCACUACGUCCGACAGAGAAAUCCUGGAAAUACAAAUGGAAAAGGUACAGUCGACGUUGCUUGGUCAAAUUCGAGUGGUGGCAGAGAGGCAACCGAUUAUCGCGUGGGUUUCAAGGCAUACAUCCGUAACGUUAAUUUUUUCCGAGAUCCAUGUCUCUGAUAUAGUGGCAAAUACAAAAAUUAGCGGGUCGAACGAAAAUCCUAAACAAUCUGGUGUUACGAGCAAUUUGAUUUCUGCUUUCAAAAAAUUGUUACCAAUCGUAAACGAUCGAAACUCGGAAAAAGACAACCAAGCAACGAGGAACUAUAAACUUCUACAGAGUUUUCGAGAUAGAAAAGUAUCCACGGUGUAUCGUGUUCAUCCGAUGCCCAGUGUGAAUGCAAUCGAAGGGAACGAGUUUGACGAUAUCGCGCGUUGUCCUUACCAUGUGUUCAUUUUAAGAAAUCAAGCGCCAGAAUUCCCAGGCUCAAGCGGUUCUAUUAUUUGUCGUGUAAAAAAGAUUCCAGAAGACAAGCAACACGUGAACGUAACGAGCACGAAUUUUCUAACGAAAGAUGAAUCGCCAGUUCCAAUUCUUUCUACAGAGUUGAUAGUGAAAGUGUUUAUAUUGGAAGACUUUUUAGAGAAGUUCUCCGCGUUGGAUAGAAAUCAUUUUAACGUUGAUUUUCGUCACAAAAGUAUGUAUGUAUCGAACAGUUUAAGAAUCAGUUUGAGCUUGAAAGUAGGCGCGAAAGUGAGUUUGUGCCUGAUAGAUAUGUCCGAGAGAUCGGAACCGUCUUCCAUUGAGUUGUUCUCAUGGAGAAACUCGGUGACUAUAGAAGAUUUCAAAAAUUAUGUUAAAACGCGUUCUUUUUACAAAGAAUUGUUAAUCAAUACUUGUGCUGUUAUUGUUCUGGAUAAUGGAAAUUCUUGUAUAGUGAAAAUUUCACCGGAGGAUUGUAAGUUCGCCACGAUCACAGAGAAUAAUUUAAGCGACAUCAGAAUACACGUGAGGAAUGUGAAAGAGAAAAGUCAGCUGAGAAUAUCUGAACACUUUGAUCAAGAAUGUCUUUCGUCAGGGAUGACAUCUACGAGAUAUUUGAGGAACAUUCUAUCAGAGUGUGAACUUGCGUUAGAUCUUAGUCUAGGUUUGAAAACGCAAUUACCAUUCGAAUACGAGCCUGAGAAUAUUUUAAUUUCCGGAGCGGUUGGUUCAGGCAAAACUACUGUUUGUAAAAUACUUAUAGAAAAACUACAAAAGCCACCAUAUUUCGUGCAUACCCACAUGAUAGAUUGUAGAUCUUUAAAAGGAAAGAAGGCUGAAACGUUACAAAAAAUUAUUGUGACUGCUCUAACUGAAUGUAUUUAUUAUCAACCUUCAAUAUUAUUUUUGGACGAUCUAGAGUCUAUCACUAGCGCGUCUAUGAAUGACGAAGAGCAUACUCCAGACGCCAUAAAUGCUACUAGGAUCACAGACAUGUUGAUUAAUACAGUGAUGCAGUAUGAAGAAUGUUAUCAAGUAUCAGUGAUUGCUACGUGCGCAAGCGUUAGCAGGAUAGGUCAGAAAUUAAGACCAGCCAGAGGCUGUCAUUUUUUUAGAACAAUUUUAUCCAUCCCUAAUCUGGAGAAGGUGGAUAGAAUCGAUAUUUUGCAAUUAAUGCUUGGGGACAAGUUGUACGUGCCUAGAGACGUGAAUUGGGAUUACUAUGGAAACAAGACUGAGGGAUGGAUGGUCCAGGAUCUCGUAGAUAUGGCCGAGAAAGCUGCAUUCGCCGCUUGGAAGCGUCAUGGUACUUCCAUGCCUCCAGUCGAAGUGGGUGAAAAGGACGUAGCGAUAGCCUUGAAAAAUUGUACGCCAAUAUCAUUGCAAGGUAUACAAUUGUACAGAGGCGAGGGCCACGUUUGGUCAGGUAUCGGUGGAUUAGUGGAAGUGAAAAGAUCACUGGUAGAAAUUUUACAAUGGCCUUUGAAAUAUUCUGAAAUAUUCAAAAACGCCCCGAUUAAGCUACAGAAUGGUGUUUUAUUGUAUGGUAUGCCUGGCACGGGGAAAACGAUGCUCGCCAAAGCGAUUGCUAAUGAAUGCGGUGUUAAUUUAAUUAGCGUUAAAACGAGGUCACGAUAGUACUGGAGUCACAGACAGAGUGGUAAACCAAUUGUUAACACAAAUGGAUGGAGUUGAAGACAGAGAAGGUGUUGCGGUCGUGGCAGCGUCUUCAAGGCCGGAUUUAUUGGAUCCAGCACUAUUGAGACCUGGACGUCUCGACAAAGCGUUAUAUUGUCCGCUUCCAGAUGAGGCGGACAGGGAGGAAAUCUUAAUCGCUCUUUGUAAAACACAGAACAUAGAUACGAUGGAAUUAGAUUUAAAAGAAUUGGCAAUACUUUCUUCAGGAUUCACCGGUGCGGAUUUAAAUGCUGUGGUGACACAAGCUAGGUUAGCAGCUUUCGAGGAUGCUGUUGCGAAUGCUUCUCAGUUGUCCUAAGACUUUUGAGCGAGAAUGUAUGCACUCUUCUUUCCAACCUCCCUGCUGUGCAGCCCCGGCAAACAAAACGAUCCAAAACUAAAACAGCAUGA